AUGAACGACUACUCUGCCAUGAUGGCGGCCCUUGACGAGGAUAUCGAGGCAAACGAGCGCAAGGCGACGCUCUCAGCCGCUCUCCAUGCCGACCUCGGAAUGACCCACCGGGAGUCGAUACUCUCCGCUCCUGACUACGGCGACACAUCUCUCACUGGCCGUGGCGCCCGCUAUGGCUCUGUCCGUCAAUCGGCCGUCCUUUCCAUGGGAAACCAGUCUACUACCCUUGCCCCUCGCGAGGCCAUUGCGGCCUGGAGCACUCUCCGUGAACGUGAGCCCCGCGACCCUAACACCCAUGCUCAUGAAGACCUCCAUGGUGGACAGCUCCACCGCCUGAACCGUACUGCCCGCGGAGAGUUCCAUGGCCCCCUUCCCUUCAAUGGCGGACCCCCGCCUGCUCCCCGUCCCGCACCCGCUACUCUGGCCGUUGACCACCUGAAGGAUCCCUUGGAGAUCGCGAAGGCCAUGCAGUUCAAGGGAAGUUACAGCGGCGGUGCUCCUAACCGUGGUGGUGGUGGCAGCAGCUCCGGUCGCGGUGGUGGUUCCGGUCGUGGCGGCCGUGGUGGUGCGCAGAACUACAGCACUCGUGACUUCAGUCCGGUUGGCGGUCUUGACUACGGCAACGGCAUUGGCAGCGGCCUCAACCCUCAUGCUGACAUCCAUGCUGACACCCGUGGCAACACUAACUCCCGUGGCAAUGCCAACUCUCGUGGCAAUGCUAACGCUCGUGGCAACGCCAACACCCGUGGCAACGCUAACAUCCGUGGAAAUGGUCACUCAUCCUCUAGCUACACUCCUCUUGACCGUGCUGCCGACCAUACCAACAGCCGUUCCCGCACCUACAACCGCGACAAAGUCAAGCCUCUUCGCGAGCUGUCUCCGUUCCGCCCUAUCGGCCCACCCACUUAUCCGCCGGUGAACCGCGAGCAGACGCCGCCGACUUCUGAGAGACGCACUCUCGCUAGCAGACUUGCUUCUCCUGAGGCUUUCAUGGAGGCGGUGCGGAAGACUGGCCUUGCCGGAUCCAAGUACGCUCUCAAAAAGGAAAACUAA